UAUCAUAUAUGUAGCUUAAUGUGAUUCGUAUUGUACCUUCUCCAUCUCUAAAUUAUAGCUCAUAUAACACAAAUCAUUCUUGAAAGUGACGAAAUAUUAAACUCUAAAACAACUCUCUGUUAUAAAUUUACAAAGAAAAUAAAAGUAUCCAAAAGAUGUUCGUUAUAGGAUAAUGAAAGAAUAUUUAAUAACUCGUGCUUCUCUCGUGGGAAUUAUUUAUGAUGUAUAUAAAAAAGGUUAAGAUGAUUAGAGAGGACCAAAAGAAACAAAAAAAAAAGUUGCAAAAGCUGAAUUCUCUUUUCAUAAAUUUGGGCAUCGGUGCUCUUACAUUACAUUGUGGUGUGUCUGUAUGGACCGACCAGCUGACGGAAGCAGGUUUAAGGAGGGGGAAACUGUAGAUGCAGAUUUCUUGGUGGAUCUUCUCGAGACCUUUAGAUUUGGCAAAUAUAAUCUUCCCGCCAUAAAAAAUGUGCUAAACGCGGCGGCAAAGGUUACACCGGCGACGGAGCAGCAGGACAAAACCACCGAGAAGCAGGAUGAAGGGGAGGAGGAGGAUGAUGGAUCUCAAGGUCUCGUAGGGAACACGUCUGUUCAUGAAAGCAUAGGAUCGGUGUCUUCCAGUUCAGAUACAAUAAUACUGGAUACUAUGAGUGAAACCGGUUCACAUAAUGAACCCGUUUCAAACGAAGAAUCCGUUUAUAAUUUGUUGGAGUCGAACUCCACAGACUUACCUAAUGUAGAGAACGAAAGGCACCAGAACGCAGAGGAAGGUGAGAUAGUAGUAGUAGAAGAAGAAAAGGACAAAGAAGAAGAAGAAUACAAAAACAGCAAGAGAACAUCAUCUGAAUCGGAAGAAAAAUCAAACCUAGAGAAGUUGCUUGCGAUGCAAGAAAACUACGAGCUUUAUUGUCCAAGCUGUAGCUCGUGUAUCACCAGGAAAGUGAUUAUUAGGAAAAGGGAACAUGGGAAGCUCGUUGAUUUGUUACCUGAAUCAAGCGAAAUUGAGGAGAUUGAACCACCGGUUAAGGCGCAUGCCCCUGAGAAGCCUAUUGAGAAUGAUGAUCAAGAAGAUAAACAUGAGGGAAGCUAUAUACUCGCUUGCUUGGCCUGUCUGAAGUACUACAUCAGAUUAGGAACCAGCAGGUUCUUACAACGAGAUUAUGCCAGGGGAAAACCGGUUGAUGAGCAAGUAGUACAUUUAGAGCCGAGGAAGAGUAGUAACACCGCAGAAUCACUGCCUCAAAACAAACCGGACCGUGAAAGAUUCACCGUUGAGCUAUUGAAGAGCACCGUGUACGGCGGUUUAACCGAGAACAUCACAAGCCUCGUCGUUGUAUCUUCCGCCUCUGCCUCCGGUUCUUCCACCGAGAAUAUCUUGGCUCUUGCGGUCGCAAAUUUAGCCGGUGGUCUCAUCGUCCUUGCUCAAAACCUUCACGAUCUAAGAAACAAUUCAGAUCAAGAGAAGGAUCGGUACAAUGAAUUGUUAGGGAGACGUGAUAAUAUUCGGAUGCAUGUGUUAGUAGCGGUCCUGUCUUACAUUUUCUUCGGCCUAAUCGCUCCACUGGUUUACGCAUUUGCCUUCUACCAAACCGGAAUCAAGAACUACAAGCUUGUUUCGGUUUUCUCGGUUUCUCUGUUUUGCGCAAUCAUGCUCAGUAUGAUCAAGGUCUACGUCCGUAAACCGGUUAACGUACGUGAAUCGCUCAAGCCUUAUCUCAAAUCUGCUGCGUAUUAUACGUCUAUUGUUGUUGUCUCUUCUGGAAUCUCAUACAUUGUUGGAGAAAUUGUGGGAGAGUACAUCCGAGAGCUCGGUUGGUUUAGUUUACACCAGACCGGUUUGAAUUCAACAUUUGACGGAAUUAAACAAGAGGAAUACCGGUUUACUUCCUUUUAACGUAGCCAAAGGAGUAAGGGAGAGACUCAGAGAGCCAUGAAGUAUGAACCAGUCAGAUCAGCGUUGUAUAUUUGUGUUCAACUAAAUAUACCUUUUUCUUGCGUUCUUUUGGUUUAUGCAAAGUGGACUUGUGUAAAAGGUCUUUCAUCUUUGAGGUUUUUAUUUGAUAACGGAGUAUCUCUUUGAGUUCA